AUUUUCCCCCGAAGCUUUGCUUUGCCCUGUUCGAGAUAGCUACAAGCCUUGCGUUCCGUUCAAGAAUUUCGCGAUAACAUCCGCUCCAUUCCAUAAGCGCAUUGACUUGGGAAUUGUGGAAAAUUAUUUGAAGUGGAACUUUCAUGGUGAGGGACCUAUGACAACAUUGAUGGUCUUUGAGGCGACAAAGGGAUUCAUGAAAACGAGAACUCAGAAGGGGCAAAUGAAGAAGCAAACCAUUUUUAUAGUUUAUAACUUUGGACCCCAUUCUAUUACUAUUGAGCCUGGACAACGAACAUCAUUUAUAUUGUUGAACAAUUUCUAUAUUUGUUUGUAUCUACUAGAUUAGCCUUUUACAUAGUUGGGCCUAUCAGGCUCAUACUAGCAGCAGCCUACCCGUUAUUUCCCUCUAUAUAUUCUUUAUGGAAGACCUUGUAACCCUAUAAGACGUAACUCUCAUUCAAUACACUACACAUUCAUCUUUUACC